AUGGGGAGACCCGCACUGUGGCCUGCCCUGAGGCUGCCGCCGCCGCCACCACUGCUGCUGCUGCUCCUGCUGCUGCUGCGCGCCCCUCCGAGUUGCUGCUUCCCAGGAUCGGGAGACUCGCCGUUAGAAGAUGAUGAAGCCGGAUAUCCCCACACUAGAUACAAAGACACCCCUUGGUGCUCCCCUGUCAAGGUGAAGUAUGGAGAUGUAUACUGCAGGGCCCCCCAAGGAGGAUACUACAAAACAGCCUUGGGCUCCAGAUGUGACAUUCGCUGCCAGAAGGGCUAUGAGCUGCAUGGCUCUUCCCAGCUGGUCUGCCAGUCAAACAAGCGGUGGUCCGACAAAGUCAUCUGCAAACAAAAGCGAUGUCCUACCCUUGCCAUGCCAGCCAAUGGAGGGUUCAAAUGUGUAGACGGAGCCUACUUUAAUUCCCGCUGUGAAUAUUACUGCUCACCAGGAUACACACUGAAAGGGGAGAGGACAGUCACAUGUCUGGACAGCAAGGCCUGGAGUGGCCAACCAGCCUCCUGUGUGGACAUGGAACCUCCUAGAAUCAAAUGCCCAAGUGUGAAGGAACGCAUUGCUGAACCCAAUAAGCUGACAGUCCGGGUAUCCUGGGAGACCCCUGAAGGAAGAGACACAGCAGAUGGCAUUCUUACUGAUGUUAUUCUGAAAGGCCUGCCCCCAGGCUCACAUUUUCCAGAAGGAGACCACAGGAUCCAGUAUACUGUCUAUGACAGAGCUGAGAACAAGGGCACUUGCAAAUUUCGAGUUAAAGUAAGAGUCAGACGCUGUGGCAAGCUCAAUGCCCCAGAAAAUGGCUACAUGAAGUGCUCUAGUGAUGGUGAUAAUUAUGGGGCCACCUGUGAGUUCUCCUGCAUCGGUGGUUAUGAGCUCCAGGGGAGCCCUGCCCGUGUGUGUCAGUCCAACCUGGCGUGGUCUGGCACAGAGCCCAGCUGUGCAGCCAUGAACGUCAAUGUGGGCGUUAGAACAGCAGCUGCGCUUCUGGAUCAGUUUUAUGAGAAGAGAAGACUUCUCAUUGUAUCUACACCCACAGCCCGGAACCUCCUCUACCGGCUGCAGCUGGGAAUGCUACAGCAAUCCCAGUGCGGCCUGGAUCUUAGACACGUCACUGUGGUGGAACUGGUGGGAGUGUUCCCAACCCUCAUCGGCAGGAUAGGAACGAAGAUUAUGCCUCCAGCCUUGGCACUACAGCUCAGGUUGUUACUACGAAUCCCACUCUAUUCCUUCAGUGUGGUGCUAGUGGAUAAGCACGGGAUGGACAAAGAGCGCUAUGUCUCUCUGGUGACACCUGUGACCCUCUUCAACCUGAUUGAUACUUUCCCGCUGAGAAAAGAGGAGAUGGUCCUGCAAGCCGAAAUGGGCCAGACCUGUAAUGCCUGAUACGAUGUUUCUCUCUUGGUGGGCCCUUUGCUCUUUUUACAUGGUACCAUGUGCAGGGGAAGGCCUAGAAAAUAUCCUCGAUGUACAGAUUUUUAUUUGUAAUUUUUAAAGUCUAUUUUAUUAUGAGCUUUCUUUGCACUUAACAGCACAAUGCUUUUUGUACUUCAAAGUGUUUGAGAAAUGCUGAUGAAUAUAUCUACUCAAAUUCCCUUCACUUUAACAUGUCUGGUUCAUUUUAUAGAAAAAUUAGAAAUCAAAAUCAUACAUAUGCUUCCAAUAUACUCAUUGUGAAACAUAACUCCUCUUUUUAUAUAAAGCUUUAUUAAUAAAAAUAUUUUGGAGCAAA